AUGAUCGGUGUUGUAGGGCGGUUGGUGGGGAUUAAGGGAUCUGGUAUAGGGAGUAUCAGUAAUAUUGACUCAAUUGCUUCUGCUGGAACUACUGGUGUUAUAUAUGCUAUUGCGAGUUCUGAUACAGUUGUUGCUACUAAUGGUGCAGCUGAUGGGAUGACGACUCAACACCUGAAUGCAGAUUUGAAAGCUCAGCGUUCAAAGAAGACAGACGAUAAGUCUAUGCCCAGCUUCGCCCAGAUUUUUACAAGACGUCGUGCCCAAAGGCAUUGUCCACUGUGGAUGAAAGCCAAAGAACCACGAAUGGGCGCAUCGUUGCUUCGUCUUCACUUUCACGACUGUUUUGUUAACGGCUGUGAUGGGUCUAUACUCUUGGACGACACAGCAACAUUCACGGGAGAAAAGAGUGCAGGACCAAACUUAAAUUCAGCCAGAGGUUUCGACCUCAUUGAUAGAAUUAAGACUCGGAUUGAGAAUGUGUGCAAAAACGUCGUUUCCUGCGCUGAUAUUUUGGCCAUUGCCGCUCGUGAUUCUGUUGUCCGAUUGGGAGGCCUAUCAUGGGCUGUGAGGCUUGGAAGGCGAGAUUCAAGAACUGCAAGUCUAAGCGGUGCAAACAACAACCUUCCAGGCCCUGGUUCAAGCCUCGGCUCUCUAAUCUCAGCAUUUAGUGCUCAAGGGCUGACUACUCAGGACAUGGUUGCACUUUCAGGUGCUCAUACGAUUGGUCAAGCACGCUGCCUUUUCUUUAGAAGUCGCAUCUACAACGAAACCAAUAUAGACAAGGCAUUCGCUGCUUCUAUGCAGGCCAAUUGUCCCUUCACCAGUGGUAGUGGUGACAACAACCUCUCACCCUUAGACAAGAUAACUCCCAAUGGUUUUGACAAUGUGUACUACCAAAGUCUGACAACUAAGAAGGGACUUUUUCAUUCAGAUCAGGAACUGUUUAAUGGAGGCCUUACCGAUACUCAAGUUAGAACAUAUAGUAUCAAUCAAACAGCUUUAGGGGAUUCGAGGCCCCAUCAUGAUCGGGCAAAGUUUUCUACUGUUACCGGAGGGGCCUACCCGUACACCCCCAAAAUGUCUGGGUUGUCCAGCCCUUAA